GUCGACUUGAAUCACUUUCAUCUCUUGCGAGCAAUCGGAAAAGGAGCUUUCGGAAAGGUCCGUAUGAUCCAGCACAAGAGGACCAAACGGUACUAUGCGUUAAAGUACAUUAGAAAAGACACAUGUAUCCACAAAAAGGCCGUAAAGCAUGUGAUCGCAGAACGGCAUAUGCUCGAAAACAUAAACUAUUCUCUGGUAGUCAACAUGCACUAUGCAUUUCAAGAUGAUGAGAAUCUCUUCAUGGCCCUCGACCUAAUGCCUGGCGGAGACCUUCGUUUUUUGUUGGAAAAUAUUGGAACACUUUCGGAGUUGGAAGUCCGCUUCCAGGUCGCAGAGAUCGCCCUUUGCCUGGACUAUCUUCACCAACAACGUAUUGCCCACAGAGAUGUUAAGCCAGAGAACAUAUUGCUCGAUCAACACGGACAUGCACAUUUGAGUGAUUUCAAUAUUGCAACUCGAUUUGAUCAAUACAGUCCUCUACAGUGGUCGGUGGCUGGUUCGCCUGCUUACAUGGCCCCAGAAAUAUUAUCAAAGAAAGGAUAUUCUACAUCUGUUGACUGGUGGAGUCUUGGUGUGGUAGCCUAUGAGCUCUUGUUUGGAAAGGCAGGUUUGCAUCUGACAGAAUCUAUUGUUCAUCAUCCUCUUACGUUCCCUAAGCAUGCAAAUCGCGUGGUGUCUGACAAUUGUCUAGAUGUUCUCACAAAGUCGCCGUUUCAUCGGCUUGGGUGCGGAUCUGAUGGGUUCGAGAGAUUAAAAGAACAUCCAUGGUUCAACGGACUAGACUGGAGUCUACUAGAGCAGAAACGUGCCAAACCGCCUUAUCAGCCUGAGUCA